GCAGGCGCCUUCUCCCUCCCUCGCCUUCUCCUUAUUUAUUUUUUUUUUUUAAAGGAGGGUCGAGAUCAGAGAGAGGGAGGUCAGCCGAAUCGCUCCUUUGCUUCCGCAGCAUCCGCAUCACUCCAUCCUCCGUCGCCGGCUAAGCCACGUGCGGCGUUCGCACAACUCGCGCGCGCGGGCGCUAUGCGUGCUGGAUCGGUGAAUUCAGCUGCUCGGACCGUACUGUAGCGACCGGAGCUUUCGAGUCGGGACAUCCGAGGAUGCGCUGCGGGAAGAAAGCGAGCCGUGCCAGUCAAGCCGAGCGAGAGCUGCACGGCCUAUGUUUCUGUGCGACAGUGAUGUAGGAGCAGUUGUGUCGUCGCUGUCACCGAACCCAAGCCCUUACUUCUCCGUCUGUUCUACUUCGUCGGCUUCCAGCUGUCGUCGUGUUCGGCUCCGUAUGGGGUGAUGUGUGAUUUAGGAGUGUCAUCUGAGACUGGAGGGACGCAAUAACUGUCUGACUGGGCAGUGCUGGAAGAACCGCGGAUCCACGUCUCCUACAGUGAUCGCCUGCUGUUGAAGAUGCGGCUGCGGAUUUGACGUAUGAAUGAACGACAGACGAUGAAAUGAGAGACGACGUUUGUAGGCGAGGUGGCUCGUGACGUGUAUUUUGAGCAACCCGCCGGCAAUUCAUGGACGUGGGGGCGAAGGGAAGACUGGAAGUUCCGCACAUUCUCUCUGGAGAUCUCGCUGUCAUCUUUGCUCAACGCUGAAGAGAAAAAAGGAAGGUACUGCUUCUUCGGUAUCAGCGGAACAUUUUCCAGAACGUGACCUGGCGGAUUGCUGUUCAGCAGUUCUUCUAUGGUCGAGCUUACAGCCGCGAGCAGCACGGCGAAGUGGCACGAGGGAGGAAGCUGAUGACGUCAUCCCGAAAAUGCUGAAGGAGCCAGAAUGAAGUCCCCCUUCAGGAGUCCGGGGCAGCGCAGCCAGCCCGCCCAACCAUGGAGUGCUGCUGUGCUGUGGCUGUUCCUUCAUUUCGGUUGCAGCGUCGGCCGGGCGGACGAGCAGGAGUACCGGCUGACCCGCUACCUGAUGUCCAACUACGACCCGGCGGUGCGGCCUUCCUUCAACUCGUCGCUGUCGCUGCGCGUGGACCUGGACCUGUCUCUACUGCAGCUUCUCGACGUGGACGAGAAAAGCCAGACAAUCUCGACGAACUGCAGGCUGACGCAGCGCUGGACGGAUGCUCACCUCAAGUGGAAUGCAUCAGACUUCGGGGGCAUUGGCGUGCUGCGCAUUCCAUCUGGGCAAGUCUGGAAGCCGGACCUGGUCCUCUACAACAACGCACGCGGCGACUACCAUGCGGGCCACCUGGGCAGCAACGUGAUCGUGCGGUGGACGGGCGAGGUGCUGUUCCCGGUGCAGGCGGUGCUGUCGAGCGCCUGCCGCCUGGACUUGCACUACUUCCCAUUCGACGUGCACCUCUGCGAACUGCAGUUCGUCUCCUGGACGUACGACUCGCAGCAGGUGGAACUGGAGCCGGCCCAGACCACGGACGGCCUGGGCCGUUUUCUCAGGCACGGCGAGUUCGAGCUGCUCGAGAUGACCGUCGCCCAGCAGGUGCACCCGCCUCCGGACGCGUCCGCGUCGACUGCGGCUGCGUCCAUCGCUGCGGGCGAAGAGGGCGACGGCGUAGCUGCGACGGCGGCCCCUCAAUACCGGGGCGUCACGUACACCCUGCGGCUUCGCCGGCGGCCCGGAUCGCAGCUCCUGCACCUGGUGCUGCCGUGCGUGGUGGUGAACGCGCUGGCCCUGCUGGGCUUCCUGGUGCCCUGCGAGUCCGGCGAAAAGGUGACGCUGGGCAUCAACACGCUGCUCUGCCUGGCCGUCUUCCUGGUCGUGGUGCGCGACAGCCUGCCCCCCGCCGCCUCGGUGCCCUUGCUCAGCGUGUACUACGGCCUGAGCACGUGCGUGGUGGCGUGCACGACGGCGCUGAGUGUGGUGACGCUCAGCCUGCACCACCGGGGAUCCCGGGGCGCCGAGGUACCGCGCGGACUGCGCCGGCUCGUGCUGGGAUUUCUGGCCCGGCUGCUGCUGCUCGGCUGCUGCGGACCUAGCGGCGACGAACGAAAGAACCACCACCAGCGCCACGACUCGUCGCGGGAGUCGAGCAAGUCGUCCCGUCUGCAGCCGCCGAGUCCGUCGCUGGACUCGGACAAGCUCGAGCUGGACCACAUCGAGCGGUACAACUUCUCCCCGCGGCUGCGGCACCGCAAGGAGUUCUGCGCCGGACUCGGGAGCGUGCUGGGCGGCGGGGUCCCGCCGCCUCCGGUGCCGGGACCCGCGGUCGACGGCUCCUCGGACGAGUUCGAGAAGCAGUUCCUGCGGGUGCUCGCUAAGGUGUACCAGACGAUCGAGAAGAACGAGCUUCGCGUGGCGGAACGCGAUCGGCGCGACGCGGUGCGGGGGGAGUGGCACCAAGUGGCUGUCGUCUGCGACCGCUUCCUGCUGGCCGCUUUCCUGCUCUCCAUCGCCGUGGCCGCCUGCGUAGUGCUCUUCUCCGCAGCGCCGCCGCCCAACAGGCCCUGACCGCCGGCGGGUGCAGUGAAACGAGUCAGCGAGAAGCCCAGUGCUGCAGUGAUGGUGCGCCGACAUGCUCGCGCCACCUUGUUCUCCUGUUGUGGCCGACGCUCGCUUCUAUUGUGGCCGCCGCCAAUGUCGUCGAGUCGUUCUACGGCGCGACACGGCGUUCAGACAGCGGUGGGACCCGGAGAACUUCUGCGAAGCCUGCGGCUUCCUUCCGUCGUUGCGAGAGACAUUGCUGGCCUCGUGGGGUUUGGAACCUUUUGAGAAACGAGCUUGGAGCCAGGGCUUCUCUACGCCGAUAGAAUAUGGCCGGGGCGUGCGUGGCUAAAUACUCCCGUCUCGCAGAUUCUGUGCGGUGCGGCAGAAGUUGACAGCCCGCCGUGUCACACUGUCUCUUGCCGGGCGAUGGAGUAAUCCUCGAUUCGGACACCCCGGUAACGACGCGAUCACUUCUCUCUGAGCUAUGCUUUGACGGAAUUUCAACAGAAAUUCUAAUGUUCCUUAAUGAUGCACCACUGUACUCCUAGGAUCUUACAUGAAAGUACAGGGAUU